UACUACGUGUAUAGUGAGCUCCCGCGACUGGACGGGCGGGGCCCGCGCGCUGCGGGAGGCUGAGGCGGUGGCGCAGUGUGAUUGAAUGCAUUUAUGGAAAAAGGAAAAUUGAAUAGUAAGACGAUAGCAGAAUAUUGUAAUACGGCAAUGGAUUCCUCAGUGGAAAACGACAUGUAUGUAAACAAAGUGUGGGUUCAGUGUGAGAAUGAAAGUUGUUUGAAAUGGAGAUUGUUGUCAAGUGAAGAUGCAUCCAAAGUUGAUCACAGUGAAUCAUGGUAUUGCUUCAUGAACACUGAUUUAAGGUACAAUAAGUGCUCUGUUUCUGAAGAAGACUUUCCUGAAGAGUCUCAGCUUCAUCAAAGUGGAUUUAAGAUCGUCUAUUCACAGCUCCCUCUUGGAAGCCUGGUUUUGGUAAAAUUACAGAAUUGGCCAAGUUGGCCAGGGAUACUUUGCCCUGAUCCUUUUAAAGGGAAAUAUGUGACCUAUGACCUGGAUGGAGAUGUUGAACAGUAUCACAUAGAAUUCCUGGGUGAUCCCCAUUCAAGAUCAUGGAUAGAUGCAAUGUUUGUUGGACAUUAUAGUAUCACAUUAAAGCCAGGAGAAUGUAAGAAUAAAAAGAAGUGGUAUAAAAGUGCACUACAAGAAGCAUACCUCCUCUAUGGAUACUCUGAUGAGCAAAGACUGGAAAGGUGCUGCCUAUCAAAAUGGGACAAAUCCAAAGCAGAUGGCACAGUUGCUGUGGUGGCCAAGAAAAGGAUGCAAGUUUCCAAAAAUAAUACUAAAAAGAAAAAUCCCAAAAUUAGAAAAAGGAAAAGGAAAGCUAUUUUAAAAUCAUCUUUUGAAAAUGUUUGUUCAGAUGAUGCCUUAUCAAAGGAAAACAUGGUUGUCUCUGAGACAGAACUUUUACUAAAAGAGCUGGAGCAAAUGCUAGAGCAAGCGCGGGAGCCCACAGCCGCCCCUGAUGAGUCCGAAGGGGAGCCCGGAGAGGAGACAGAUACAGGAGAAAAGGAGAAAGUGGCCUUUACAAGCUAACACAUCAAAAGGAGCCAUCUGAUAAUUUUUAAAGUUCUGAGCAUGUUUAUUCUCUGGGCAGAUAGUGUUUGAGCUAUUUUCAAAGUUGUAAAUUUGAUGAUGUUUUCAUCAUUUCAUGUAUGAGGUUUCAGGUUGAUUACUCUGAAGCAUUUAUACCAAUGAAUUGAGAGUAGCAACAUGAACAAAAAGCAUACACACAUGGAUAAUCAAAAUCCAUUUCUAUUUGUCAUUGAAAUACUUUAUGAGAUUAUUUUCCUCAGUAGAGUCACCUUUCUAAUUAAUUAUGUUCUUAGCUAAUAUUAACACUAGCUGACAUGCCCUGAUGUGGAAAAAAAUGGGAAGGAAUUAAUUUCAGAUUAUUAUAAGAAUCCACCUGAAUAAUUCACAAAUUAGAUAGUCCAUAUACAGAUAAGACAGAGUUUACUGAAUAAUAAUUAUUUUAAUAAUUAUUGUAAUAAAAGGUACAUUUUUGAUACAUGAAAGCACUUGUCUAAACUGCAUGUAUUUUUAAAAAUUAAUUUAUUUAUUUUUGGCUGCAUCAGGGCUUCGUUGCUGCACGCGGGCUUUCUCUGGUUGCAGAGAGCUCUUCGUUGCAGUGCGCAGGCUUCUCAUUGCGGUGGCUUCUCUUGUUGCAGAGCACGGGCCCUAGGUGUGCGGGCUUCAGUAGUUGUGGCACACAGGCUCAGUAGUUGUGGCUCAUGGGCUCUAGAGUGCAGGCUCAGUAGUUGUGGCGCAUGGGCUUAGUUGCCCCGCGGCAUGUGGGAAUCUUCCCAGAGCAGGGCUCAUACCUGUGUCCCCUGCAUUGGCAGACGGAUUCUUAACCACCGCACCACCAGGGAAGUCCCAUAAACUGCCUGUAUUUUUUCUUACAUUGUGUGGGAAGUUACCUCUGCCUUUAAUGAACCUUGAAGUUGUAAAUCUCGUGUGUGUGUGUGUGUGUGUGUGUGUGUGUGUGUGUGUAUUUGCAUUGUUUUUACCUGUGUUCUUUCCCACUAAGCUAGCACACACUCUCACUGUUCGUAAGGAAUGCAGAUGCUUAUGAGAAAAUGAGAACAGAAAAGUGUGACUAAAACAGUUUUAACUUGUAUUGCCCAUAAUAAUCAUUUUUAAAAUAAACAAAUAUAGAAAACUCUCAGAAGUUUAAUUUUAAUGACCACAUUUUUCCAAAGCAUAAAAUUAAAACUAACUAAAAAUGUGUGAUGUUGGAGAGUAGAGACAGGACUAAAUACUGUGUUAUUUUUACACUCACACACUUACUGUAUGUUAUACUCUAUGUGGGGAUCAUUAUUUGACCACCAGCAAAUGGAACACGUUCUUAAGGAGUUACUGACAGCUUUAUGUUUUGUUCAAAUAAUUAAGCCUGGUCUUCAAGUAAAUUUGAUGACUUGUGUGGUUAUUU